UGUUUGUUUGCGGACCGCCAUGAUAUCAUAGAAGAAGAAUAAGCUUUCUAGCCGAGUAGAUAAACAAACUUAUUAUUAGGUUUGUAUAGCGAUUAAUGGAGAUUUAAUUAACUACCAUAUACAACUCAAUUAGUUCUCGUUUCGUUAUAUUCAAAUAAUCAGUGUUCGCAUCAUCGUUUCCCUGAAGAGUAGUAGCGCAUGUUGGAGAUAACCAACGUUAGCCAACUAUCUCAAUAUGGAGAGAACGCGGGAGCAACAUGGCAUGCAAUGGUCACAGGGUUAGCUAGUCAACUUACUUGGUUUCAAAGUUUGGUAGCAAAAGACAUCUAUCAGGCUGUAAGAAAUUUGCAGUUUGGAAUUUUGUGACCAGGGAUCGAGAAUUUGAGACAAGUUCGACUGCAAUCAGAUCCACGCGUCGUCAUGGCUUGGGCUCUGAAGUUGCCACUCACUGAUGAGGUGAUUGAAUCAGGUCUGGUCCACGACUUUGAUGCCAGUCUUUCUGGCAUUGGACAAGAGCUUGGAGCUGGGGCGUACAGUAUGAGCGACGUGCUGGCCCUCCCCAUCUUUAAGCAGGAGGAGUCUAACCUGCCGCCUGACAGUGAGAACAAGAUUCUUCCUUUCCAGUAUGUUCUGUGUGCAGCGACCUCGCCUGCUAUCAAACUGCACGAUGAAACACUUACCUACCUCAACCAAGGACAGUCUUAUGAAAUUCGAAUGCUUGACAAUCGGAAAUUGGGUGAACUCCCAGAAAUCACUGGCAAAAUGGUGAAGAGCAUCAUCCGCGUGGUCUUCCAUGACCGGCGUCUUCAGUACACAGAGCACCAGCAGCUGGAGGGCUGGCGCUGGAACAGGCCUGGAGACCGCAUCCUCGACCUGGAUAUCCCCAUGUCAGUUGGCAUGGUCGAUCCCAGGGCUAACCCUACUCAGCUUAACACUGUGGAGUUCCUGUGGGACCCUUCAAAAAGAACCUCGGUUUUUAUCCAGGUUCACUGCAUCAGCACAGAGUUCACUAUGCGGAAGCACGGGGGAGAGAAGGGCGUGCCUUUCCGCAUCCAGAUCGACACUUUCAAAGAGAAUGAUGGCGAAGAGUAUACAGAGCACUUGCAUUCUGCCAGCUGUCAGGUCAAAGUCUUCAAGCCUAAAGGUGCAGACAGGAAGCAGAAGACAGACCGAGAGAAGAUGGAAAAGAGGGCGCCUCAGGAGAAGGAGAAAUACCAGCCCUCGUAUGAAACCACCAUCCUAACAGAGUGCUCUCCCUGGCCAGAGGUCACCUAUGUAAAUAACUCUCCAUCGCCUGGCUUCAACAGCUCACACAACAGUUUUCCAGUGGCAGAGGGCAAUGGAUCCCCCAGUCACCAGCCAGAGCUAGUUGAUCAGGUAGCAGAUAUUGAGAGCUGUCUGACUGAUACAAUUUUGCCAUCCCAUCUACUUACAAGAGACGGUGAAAGUAUCCAUCAGAACCUGUUACCCACGGCAACACCACAGGAUGCACAGCAGUGGCUCCAUAGAAACCGCUUUUCACCGUUCUGUCGGCUCUUCACUAAUUUCUCAGGAGCUGAUCUGUUGAAGCUGACCAGGGAAGAUGUCAUUCAGAUAUGUGGGCCAGCAGAUGGUAUUAGGCUCUUCAACGCGUUGAAAGGACGGGUGGUACGUCCCAGGCUGACGGUGUAUGUGUGCCAGGAAUCCCAGCAGGCUCGGGAACAGCAGCAGAAACACGAGAACGGAGACGCAGCUAGCAGCACUUUUUUCGUGUACCAUGCCAUCUACCUGGAGGACUUGACAGCAGUUGAGCUGACAGAGAAGAUCGCUCAGCUCUUCAACAUCUCACCCAGACAGAUCAGUCAGAUCUUUAAACAGGGACCCACUGGUAUACAUGUCCUGGUCAGUGACGAGAUGAUUCAAAACUUCCAGGAUGAAGUAUGUUUUGUUUUGGAUACAAUGAAAGCCGAGACGAACGACGGCUACCACAUCAUCCUGAAAUGAAAACUGUCUGGGGGAUUGUCUAGCCCCCGCUCUCUCCUGACACCCAACCCUGCCAGCCCCUCUACAGCCUCAGCCCUUGAUGUACCUGGACCGUGCUGAAGAUGACCCGAUCGUUUCGCUCAACGAUUCUCUAGAGGCUGCUCGCUACAGGGAACAUUUUGACUGAAGCACCUUGCCCAUCCUCGAUACCUUAUUGUCUUAUUUUAAAGGAGUGACACUAUUUGAGCUGCCAUAUUGAUGCAACUCUCCAGUCUCCUCCCAUACUAAAACCCCUUUUUAAAUGGUUGCGUUUUCCUGCUUUGUUGCUCAUAUGUUUGAAAAAGAGAAUCGACUGCUUCAGAAUCAA